AUGGCCACCGAAGCCGCUGCCCGCAAGUUCUUUACGUCACCGUUCUUUGCCGUCGUCGGCGCCAGCUCGAAUCCCGCCAAGUUCGUCCAUGCUUGGUACUUGGAGCAGGGUUUGAACGUCACACCAGUCAAUCCGGGCUCUUCCUCCGUGUCUGUGGGCGGUCAAGAGUACGCCACGGUCCCGGACUUGUCUGGGUUGCCAAGUCCUAAGCAGACCUCGGUAUCUAUCAUCACUGCACCUCCUGUCACUGUCAAGGUGCUUGAGGAAGCCAAGAAGAUUGGCAUUCCAGGAAUCUGGCUGCAGCCGGGCACCUUUGACGAUGCAGUGCUGAAGCUGGCCCUGGAGCAGGGUGCCUUUGAGUCUGUGGUAUAUGGUGAUGGUGGGCGGGGGCAUGAUGGUUGGUGCGUUCUUGUCGAUGGUGAAAGAGCAAUCAAGGAGGCUGGUAAGCUAUGA